AUGGGCCGAGAUUUAUCCAACGUGCACCGCCACUUCCAACGCAAUCUGCAAGGAGAUUCGGCACCGAACCCUGCAGGGCGGCCACCUGCACUGUCGGCGACCCAGGUGGACAAGGUGGUCGAGACCACCGAGGCCAUGGUUGUGGCUGCCGACGGCAAGUACCAGGUCACGGCCUUGAUGGUUCGAAACGCCCUGGAGCUGAAGUGUUCGGUCAAGCGGGUUCAGGAGGCGCUGCGCAGCCGCGGGGUACGCUUCCGCCCCAUGCGCGAGAAGCCCAUUCGCACCGUCGACGACGAGAAGGACCAGCUGGCCUUUGGUAAUCGGCACGCCAAGAAGCCCCCCAGCUUCUGGGUGAGUGGGAUCCAUGCGCAUUUGGAUAACAAGAUGUUCCCGUUCUACCCGAAUGGACAGGGCCGUGCAUAUGCGGCCAGGAGGGCUGCUCGCGGCACUUACCGCGCCAAGGGCAAGGGUUUGGCGAAGGGCCACGUGAAGCCGCGUAGAUCGUUGAAGGUCACCUUUGGCAAGGGCGUCAACGUGGCCGUCGCCAUCUCCGCGAAGAAGGUUCUCAUGUGCCACGUAGUCCCCAAGCAGUGGAACGCCGCGGAGGCGUCGACGAUCGAAGUCCUUACGCUCUUCCUGGUUUUGGAGGACAACGACCCCUCGGGGCACAAGUCCAAGAGUGCAGUGCAGACCAAAGUCGAUCAUUCUAUCGAGGUGCUGCCUUUUCCGAAGCGCUCGCCAGACAUCAACCCGUUGGAUUGCGGCUUCUGGGACUGCGUCAACCGCCGCCUCCGCAAGCAGGAGGCCACCUACUCGUCUGCUAAGAAGGAAACCAGGGCCCAGUUCGUGGCGCGCCUCAAGAGGACCAUCCAGCGCGUGCCCGAGGCCAUCUUGACGCCUCUGGUGAAGUCCAUGGGCCGGCGCUGCAAGGCCCUCCAGCGGGCGAAGGGGAAAGACUUCGAGGGCGCGCCCGCGGCCCGGCCCGAGGGGUCGCCCGUGGCCCAGCCGGAGGACGCGCCCGCGCCCCUGCUCGAGGCCGCGCCCAGGGCCCAGCCCGCGGCGGCGCUGCCAGCCGACGGCCGCGGCUCAGACUCCAGCUCCAGCGGCGGCAGCGACAGCGAGGGCGACGCUGCUGCCGACGAGCCCGACGCCGAGUCGGACGCCGACUGGGUCAAGGAGGAGGAGAACGAGCAGGCGCGAAGCCACGUCUUCCUGGUGACCUACUCCGCCCUGCUCAACGCGCCCGAGGACGCGGAUAUGGCGAACCCAGCCGACAUGGACGACAGGGAGUUCUUCCGGAAGGCGCUCCUAGACGCGGUGGCCAACCUCGCCCCCGCCGCCGGCAGCCAGGGGGGGCGCCCGCGGACCAGGGCGUUGGAGGUCAUCUUCCUGCUCACCGUCCAGGAGAAGCACCAGGACGGGAAGGUGCACUACCACCAGGCAGUGAAACUGUCGCACGAGACUCGCUUCCUGCCAAUAAAGACUGCGCUCCGGCAGCGGUCGAAGCUCGCCUCUCACUGGAGCACCUCGCACACAGAGCUCUGGAGCGCCGUGCGCUACCUGACGCGCACCAGUGACAGGAAGAAGUCGGUCGACCGCAGCCCCGACGUCUGGGCGAAAGACGGCUCGGCGCCCAACCUCUACGAGAUGGGCAGCGAGGGCUGGGGUGCGAAGAUGCACAAGCGCAGGCGGGAGCAGGCGGCGAUGGCGCCGGGCGACCAGGUCUUUGAACGCAGCGCAAAGAAGUCCAAGGAGAUCUUCGGGAAGCUGGACUUGUACGCCCUUGUCGCGACCGACAAGUUGCUGACGCCUCGCAAGGUGAUGACGUACGCGCAGAAGAAGGGCUCCCUGGCCAUGCAGAACUACGUCGCCCGCAACCAGCGGAAGUUGGCCGAGCUAAUCGAGGAAGCUCUGGAAUGGGAGGGGGCGUCGGAGAGGGCCGAGGAGGACGACGAGAGCGACUGGGACCUCAUCCUGCGGAAGGCUGCGUGCACGUGCGGUUGCGGCGAGGCGGGCUGCGAGUGGUGGGCGGCAGCCGUGGCCUUCUUCGACAGGAACCCGGGGGUCGACAGGGACUACUUGGCGGCGUGCUUGGUGAAGAUCAUCAAGGAAGGCCCGAGCAAGACGGCGCGCGUGCCUCUCAUCGUUGGGCCGCGCAACGCCGGCAAGAGCACGGUCUUGGAGCCGGUGCUGACUCUUUUUGGGGAGGACGGCGUUUUCACGAAGCCCAAAUUGGGCGCCUUCUGCCCCCUGGCCAAGCUGGUCGGCCCACAGCGUCGGUUCAUUUUCUUUGACGACUACAGGCCUGUGGAGUACGCUUCCAUGGCAGAGAGAAGCCCCACAGUGCCAGUCACGGACUUCCUGGCGAUGUUUUGUGGCCAGAAGUUUCAAGUCCAAGUCAGCCAAUGCUUCAACAACGGCCAGCCGGACACGAUCUGGAAGCGCGGGGCUGCCAUGACUGCGAAAAAGAAGGGCUUGUGGAUGCCGAGCGACGUUGUGCCGCAGGAGGAAAUCCGCCACAUGCAGGCCAGAGUCGUCCAAUUUGAGGCGAAGGGCAAGCUGAAAGAGGCUGAUUUCAGGACCGUGCCUAAGUGCUCGGAGAGUUUUGCGCGGUGGCUGGUCACGGGUUCUACGUAUUAUGGGAACAGGCCCCCGCGGCAGCCAACAGCCCGCGAGGAGGCGCAGCCGCGCAAGGUUGUGCUGCCUUUGCCACCGUUGCCUGGCCCAGCUGCCUCUUGA